UUCUUGUAAAUAGCCAGUUUUGGACCUGUCUGUGCAGGGGAAGCCACGCGGGGAGCUUUGGAAGCUGCAAGACAGAGCCACUGCCUAGAAGAUGUAAGAAGCCGGGGAAGAAUCUGGCCUCUGGGAGUGGCACUGGCUUUGUGCGUGUGUGUGCAUGUGUGUGUGCAGCCUCCCACUCCAGCUGCCUCUCUCUUUUUUUUUUUUGGAUGCUGUGCUGUUCCCUUUCUGUGAAAUGCUUUUUUGGUUGAGAGAAGAAGAGAUGUCACAUCAGGAGCUAACCCAGCGACUAACUACAGUCAUCACUCAUGUGGAUGAAAUCAUGCAGCAGGAGAUAAGGCCGCUGGUUGCAGUGGAUAUAAUAGAACAGCUCCACCGGCAAUUUGCUAUCCUGUCAGGAGGAAGAGGGAAGGAUGGGGCGCCCAUCAUCACCUUCCCAGAGUAUGCAGGGUUCAGCGAGAUACCUGACGAGGACUUUCUGAAUGUGGUGACAUAUUUAACCAGCAUUCCCAGCCUAGAGGCUGCCAGCAUUGGAUUCAUCAUCAUUAUAGACAGACGGCGGGACAAAUGGAGCGCGGUAAAGGCGUCCCUGACACGGAUAGCAGGUGCGUUUCCAGGGAACCUGCAGCUGGUGUUUGUCCUGCGGCCCUCCCGCUUUAUCCAGAGGACAAUCGCUGACAUUGGCAUUAAACUCUACCGAGAUGACUUUAAAAUGAAGGUACCGAUCAUCAUGUUAAAUUCUGUUUCUGAUCUACAUGGCUAUAUUGACAAAAGUCAGCUCACCCGGGAACUUGGGGGAACUCUGGAGUAUGGCCACAGCCAAUGGAUACACCAUCGAACUGCUAUCGAGAACUUUGCAAUGACCGUGAAAACAACGGCACAGAUGCUGCAGACUUUUGGAACAGACCUGGCUGAGACUGAACUUCCCAACGAUGUGCAGUGCACUGAGGAGCUCCUGUCCUCCCACACAGACCAGCAUGACAAGCUGAAGGAUGAGCUGAAACUAGCUGUGAAGCAGGGGGCCACGCUGCUGACGUGCAUUAGAGAGCCAGUCACACGGAGUGCCACUAGCAAACUCAGCCCGGACGAGCUGGAAAAUGUAGCAACAGUGGAAAGGUUAUUGGCUCAGUUGGAUGAGACAGAAAAAGCCUUUGAUCAGUUUUGGUCCAAGCAUCACCUAAAGUUAGAACAGUGCCUACAGCUCCGACACUUCGAGCAUGAUUUCAGAGAGGUAAAACUGGCAUUAGAUAGCCUGAUGGAAGCCCAGGCCAGGUUCACUGACAUCGGAGACAGUGUGGCUCGUGUGGAUCACCUCCUGAAGGAGCAGAAACAACUGGAAGAGAAGGGACAGGAACCUUUGGAAAAGGCCCAGUCUUUAGCUGUCCAUGGAGACCAGCUCAUCCAAAACAACCACUACGCAGUUGACUCCAUCAGACCAAAAUGUGUUGAACUCAGGCGUAUCUGUGACGACUUUACCAAUGAGACCAAGAAAAAAUAUGAUAUUUUGGGGAAGUCCCUCGAGCUGCAUAAACAAAUGGACAAGGCAAGCCAGUGGUGUGAAGCUGGAAUCUAUCUCUUAGCUUCUCAAGCUGUGGACAAGUGCCAGUCACAAGAGGGAGCUGAAACUGCACUUUGUGAAAUAGAGAAAUUUCUGGCAACCGCUAAGGAACACCAGCUCUCCAACCCAAAAGAGUUUUAUAAUCAGUUCGAUAUGAUUCUCACCCCUGAAAUCAAGGCUAAUGCCCAAAGGAUUCUCCAGAAACUGGAAGACGUGCAAGAAAUGUUCGACAAGAGGCAAGUGAGUCUGAAGAAGCUGGCAGCCAAGCAGACUCGGCCGGUGCAGCCUGUCGCCCCGCAUCCUGAGUCUUCCCCGAAGCGAGCCUCACCUAAGACCGCCAGACCAGCAACGUUAGCCACCAACAGGAGAUCAGCAGAAAUUCCUUGUCCUCCAAAGUCCAUCUCUGAAGCAGACUUGUCAAAAAAGAAAAACAUUAAGAAGACCAAAGGUGGAAUUAAGAUUGAAGUGAUGCAUGAAGCCAGUCAAGGUGGGUCCAGCCGAAUCUUAGUGAUGAGUGAAAGCGACGAGAAUCUUUCCAGUAGGAGAAGCCACAUAAUAAAUGAGCUGAUAGAAACCGAACGGGUUUAUGUAGAAGAACUACAAAGUAUAAUAGAGGGCUAUGCUUCAGAGAUGGACAAUCCUGACUUGAUGCAUCUGAUCCCAUCUGCUCUUCAGAACAAAAAAGAAGUUCUUUUUGGGAACCUUCCUGAAAUCUGUGAAUUUCACAACAGAAUUUUCCUCAAGGAGCUGGAAAAUUGUGUUGAAAACCCUGAGCUGCUUGGUCGAUGCUUUUUAAAAAGAAAGGAGGAUCUCCAAAUAUAUGAAAAAUACUGUCAGAAUAAGCCAAGGUCUGAAGCUCUCUGGAGGCAAUGUGCAGACAACCUCUUCUUUCAGGAAUGCCAGCGUAAAUUGGAUCAUAAACUCUCAUUAGAUGCGUAUCUCUUAAAGCCAGUUCAAAGAAUCACAAAGUACCAGCUGCUUUUAAAGGAAAUGCUGAAAUGUAGCAAGAAUUCAGAAGGCACCGCUGAACUGGAAGAAGCUCUGGCCACAAUGCUUGAUAUCAUCAAGUCUGUCAAUGACUCUAUGCAUCAGAUAGCGAUCACAGGAUAUGAGGGUGAUGUGAAUGAGCUUGGUAAGCUGCUGAUGCAGGGCUCCUUCAAUGUCUGGACUGACCACAAGAAGGGUCACAACAAGGUGAAGGACUUGGCAAGGUUCAAGCCAAUGCAAAGGCAUCUCUUCCUCUAUGCCAAGAUGCUGCUCUUCUGCAAGAAACGGGAGGAAAACACAGAAGGCCAUGAGAAGACACCUUCCUACAGCUUUAAAAAUUCAUUAAAGAUGAGUACCGUCGGCAUCACGGAGAAUGUAAAGGGUGAUAACAAGAAGUUUGAGAUCUGGUAUAAUGGCAGGGAGGAGGUCUAUAUCAUUCAGGCAUCUUCUGUUGAGCUGAAAAACGUCUGGGUUUCUGAGAUUCGGAAGGUCCUAACAGGCCAGCUGGAAGCAUGCAGAGAAGCAAGCCAGCUACACCAAAGAAUCACUGAGAGCGUUUAUCAUGCACCGAUGAAUUCCUCCAACAUAUCCAGGUUUAGCAGGAAGUCGUCGAGUUUAUAUGAAAAUAAAUCUGAGACAUCAAGCCUGGAGAUGUCCAACAACAGGAACAGGAACUCCAGUCCCAGCACCAGACAAAAGAGAGCUGAUGCUUCUACCAGCCUUAACCUUGAGCACACAGCUCUCGCUAGAAAGCGAUUCACAUUACAAGGUCUUUCCAACCGCCGAGCUCCGCCCAAAGAUGCAGAAGCUAAGGAGAGAGAAGUCACCCGCCGCUUUUCCCUAGCCUCCUCCAUCAACACCACAGUUAACACAUCUGCUCUGACCAAAGGUCCCCUUGGUCCUGCAGUUAAAGUCAAGAGGCAUGAAAUAAAGAGUGAUCCAACUCCCCUGGGGUUUGAAGAUGCUUUUGAGAACACCAUAUUGGCCCAGACUAAAGGUAAUACCAGUUCCACCACAAGGCCAGUACCUAGAUCUGCUUCACAGACAGGUUGGCCCAGCAGACAGAUGCCGUCACUAGACACAUUCGAGGAUUUUGAAGCUAUCCCCUCCAGCACUGAUGAGCUCUCUAACUCUUCUGACAUGGAGGAAGAGACCAACGCUAACAAUGUGUCCAACCUCUUUCGGGUAGAAGGCAGCUUUGAAACCUGUUUUCCAGAGUCUCUUGCUCUAGAGGAUGGAGAUUUAGUGCAGUUUGUACAGGAGGGAGAAAACGGACAAUGGCUAGUCAAGAAGCUGGUGUCUGAGAAAAGUGACUGGGUUCCUUCCAGCGUGUUACAGCCAGCCAACGGGCAUAGUAACAACUUGCUUAGGAACAGCAAUGCAGAAGCAUACAAUGAUGCCUGCAACACGACCUCCGCAGAAUCAGCAAUGAAGGAAAGUGAGGUGGCCAGGAGCUUAACAGCAGAGCAGAGGGCUGGAAGUUGAGUCACAGGGCUGUGACCUCCUCAGGACUCCAGGCUCUUGUUUGUUGGUUAGGGGUGGAUGCUGGACCAAGUUGCCUUUCUCACCAGCUCUGAGCUUCAGAGUUUCUUCCAUCUUCAUCAGCAUGAACAGAAGAGAACUGCUGGGUCCAGCUGACAAGCUGAAAGACUUGAAGAAGCACUAGACAUUAAAAAAAAAAAGCAUCAGAACCAUCUUCAGUAUUAAACAGGAACUGAUAAAUGCUUCUCGCAUUGGUUAGCAAACUGUUCGAGAGGAUGUGGCCUAAAUUAGGUCGACAGCAGAAUGAAAAGCUACUAUGCACCCACCUUUUGGCAACCUUGCUUGGGUUCUUUCCAAAGGAUGGAUCUGUGGUCACCAGUUCCUGCUCCACUGGGGAAUCGCCUGGCAUUUUUCCAUUUGUCUGGCUCUGCUGCUGUGCCUUUCCCUGACUCCCUUCAUUCCAGAAGAUAGACCAUGAAAAUAUCCAGUCAUUCCUAAUGGAUCAUCAGGAGCAAGAACCUAACAUUUGCAGGGAAGUGGUGGUGGAAAAACUCAUGCCAACUCAAGACUAUCAGUGAAGCUGAGCCCCGCCAUGGCGUGACUGCUUUGACAGUGGUGCAGUGAACGAUCUUCUGUUUACAGGAUCUGUGGAUGACGCAGGUUGGCAACUUCUGGCCAAAAGAUGGAGUUUCAAGGUUUAAGUGGCAAACAAAGGCAUGUGAUGAUGACUGUGCUGAAGGACCAGCUGAGCUCUUCUUACAGUAUAAACAGAUUCCUUCCCUCUACCGUGGUUGCUGGAUCACAUCCCUCUGCAUUUGGUGCUGAUAAUUUCAUAGAGCAGCAUUUAAAGUUACCCAUUUGAGUACACUGCAUGCUUGCACUUCCAUUGUGUGCUGGGCUAUGGAGUAGGUACAGUUCAUUCCCAUAUCGUAUCCAAAUAUACUUAAGCAUUUGCUAAUAGGCUGGUGAGUGUUAGAAACACUGAUGAGUGGAUAAAGUGUUAUUGUUAAUUGCUUCUUUCCAGGACAUUUUUAUUAAGGACUGUACCAAAUCUCGGUCACAUUAGGAUGAAUGUAGACCUUUCACAGAUGUUAGUAAUUCCUGUACAAGCCAUUAGCUAAUUCAGAGCAAGUCUGAAGGCAUGUGCAUGGAGGUAUUUUGAUGCUAAACUGGAGUUUUCAAGCCCACAAAGCUGCUAGUCCCUUACGUGUUGCAAAACUAAAUACUGAUCUAGGACUGUGCAUAGAAGAAAAGACCAGUCUGGAAGAAAUGACCCUGGAGAGCUCAAAAGUCAGGGAUUAGUUUUCCCCACUGGAGACUGUUUCCAUUUCUCUCCCUCCCCGAUGACUAAUGAUGCUUUAUGUAAAUAAUAGGCAAAAAUGGAAAAAAAGCUAAACCAGAAACACUAUGAAUUGCACCAUUAGGCAGAAUAAUAGCUUGAAAUAAUCAUGCUUUUGAAGUCACCACUGUUGCACUGAGAUGCAAUGUGAGCUCAUUUAGUGCUGGUAAUAGAUUUCAUUUACCUUUCAAGGAUAGUUGGGGCCAAAAACCGCCCUCAGGAACAUACAAAAGUCCUGCUAAAUCCCCCAGAGCAGGGGUGUUGAACUCAUGUGCCGUAUAAGCCAGAUGAUGGGCAUCCCUGGGCUGGUCUGUGGGCCAGACUGGGACCGACCCUCCAUGGAGCAGUCACAGUGCUGGGUCCAGCCCACGCACCACACACAGCGCAUACCAUGGCAUGAGGCAUGUCUGCAGCACCCG